AUGCCAGGACGGGCUUCGCACUCGGAUCUGAAUGACCCCGGAACAGGAAUCACCCCACGCCAACAGCGAUGGGGGCCCCGCGGCACCGUCCCGACCCAAAGAGGCAGCAGCCCGAGAAGCAGAGCCCUGUCCCCAGUCCCUGGAACCUCGCGCCCGGCCGAGCCCGGCCCGGCCUGCGAAGUGGAGAGCACAGGCAGCCCCAAACACGCCCGGUUGCAAAGGAGGCUCCUCGGAGAUGGCAGCCCAGCCCUACCCCAGGCCCGGGUUCCAGGAGCCGCAGAGAAAGGGGGGCCGGCGGGAGGAGGCGCGGGCCAGGACUUACCAGACGGCAGCGGCCCCGCACCUCCUCCAACCCGGACUCAGUUGGAACAAGAACCGGAGGCUGCCGGAGAAAAGGAAAAAAUGCCGUCGCGGGCGGGGCGGACCCAGGAGCCUGCACUCAGCCCCGCCCUGCCCCGCCCCGCCCGCGCAAACACGCGACCUCCUCAGCUCCCAUUGGUUUCUGCCAGCACUAGCCACGCCCCUGACCGCUCCAGAUGGGGACACGGAGCGCCCGGGCAGGUCCCAAGUGCCGCUCAGGAUCUUCCCCUGCUGCUGCCUGAGGAGGAAGCUGCCCGGGACUCGGUGACACCUGAUGUGGCCUCCGAUAUCGACUGGGAGGUGGAAGAGAAAUUUGGGGAACGCAUCGAGAACCGUGGAAAAGCAACCUUCUCAGGGGGCGGUUCUCUGUGCCCGCGUGAACCUUCACAGUUGGAUGGAACUCAGGCCCCAGGUUGAGCUUAAACAAUCUCUUUUCUGUGCUCCAACUUGGACUCUAGGUGAGUACCUGGAUUUUUGGCCACACACUGUUUUGAAAUCAAUAAAAUUUGGACCCGUUUGAAGUA